AAGGUGUGAUUUAUUUACAGGCUGUCUGUCUCACUGUUUCUUUUGUGUCUGUCUCUGUCUCGACUGUUAUAAUCUCGUUUAUCGGAUCUCCGGCACCAUGGCCUUCUUCGGUUUAACACACCUGGGCUAUCAGAACCCAGUGGGCGAUAAACUGAGAGUGAGUCCCAGAGUAGCGUCUCAUCCCCGGGACGGUGGGAUGAGCAACAGAGCGGGAUCAUCUCUUCAAGAACAACAGGGAUCCCUCAGAUGUACUGACACAUGCAACGUUUACCACCAGCCUUUUCCCUGCAGCACUGACAUCCACCAUGGGAGCCAUGAGCGAUACAAAGAGAUGGUCAAACGGGUUCAAACACCCAGAUCCCCUGACCAGCUGUACAUAAUGCCUCUGACAGACAACCAGCAGUACGGAUGGGUGACGUCCAGGAGUCCUGAACCAUGGACCCAAGCCAAACGGUUUCCCCGAAAGAACAGUGAGAUGACAAAGUUUGUUGAAAAAAUGUCAACGACAGACCCAGAGUUCAGCCUGUUCUGACCAACAGCCCUUUGUCUUCAGUUAUGACACACACACACACACACACACACACCAGAGGCAGCACCACUUCUGAUGAGAUUAAACUGACAGUAGAUCCACUUUUUGCCUCUCACUAAUGUUUUUUAACGUAGUUUUUUAUGGUAGUUUCUCUGGAAAUAUAGGUUUCAACCUCUUUAGCUCACAACUUUUAUAAAGGAAGUCUGAAGGUGUCGAUAUACAAAACAUUUAAAUGUACAAUAUUUUCUGUCGUUAGGGGUCUCUCAGCCAAAACAAUGACAAACAGAGGAAUAACUUCAUUGCAGUUAGUUUCUCUCAGUUAGGAUUUCUUCAGUGUUCAGUGUUCAGGAGAUUUUUGCCAAGAGCUGAAUUAUCAGCGGAAGUCUCUUCCUCUCCAAAACAAACAGACCAGGUGAUUUAAACAGGUAAAAACACAAAAUAAAGCAGUUUUGUGUUAAAAAUCUGUGCUUGUUUCUCUGAUAAUUUCAGAUCCAGACAUCUGAUAACUAAAAUCAUUCACGUGUACAAUGUAUAUAAUUAAAAAUGAUCAAGAUAUAAGAAGCGUAUUGUAAAAUUUUGGUUCUAAACUGGUUAAAAAGUCAAUGUAUGACAGCUUCAUGUGCAUGCACAGAGGGGAUAUGAUGCCACUGUCAGGCGAUAGCAACAAUUACACACAAUUAGAUCCUGUCCUUGAUUUCUCUGGGUUUGAUCAUUGUUGGAUACUUUUGGGAAAAUGUGACUGCACAACUCAACAAAAUAUAGAACACAGGUGUAGUCACUUUAAGACAUUUAAAUGUGGAAACGUUACACAUAUCUCUAAGGCUGCUGAAUGGGAUAAAAAUGUCUGUAUUAAACAAGCAAAAAAAAAUUCCCCCAAAAAUUCAAAACUGAUUUCUGCAUUUAUAUUUUGCAUCAUAAGAUAAAAAGUCAUCGUACCACCUCUCUUCUGCAGAUUCAAAGGCACUAAUGGACUGGUUCAUAGAGAGAGUGAGAUCCUACUGCCCUCUAGAGGAAGUAAAAAUAAUUACAUCUGAAUUUUGGAUGAUACUGGUCUGCAUGUGAUUAGUUGAAAACAGAGUUUAGUAACUGGGCCAUGAGGAGGUCUUUACUAGAGUCACAGCAGGUGUCCUGAUUUUCUAAAUUAGGAAACAUAACACUGUUUGCAGAUGGUUGCUCACACUUAUAAGCAGCAGGAAUUGAGAAACGUUGAGCUGUUCAGGAACAUUUCAUCACUCAGCAGCAAAAACAAUGUUACAUUAUUCUUCCUGAAGAAAUCUGUCACUGAUAUUUCAGUGCAGAAGGAAUGAAUUCUGAGGAGGUCAUUAAGAACACAGGCUCGUUUUCUCACGUCAUCAAGGUAACACAAGAAGUCAAAGGUGAUCAAGCUGGAUUUGAACACUAACCCUCACCCUUCAAAAGGCAUAAAAUGUCCCAAAAAGUACUUCAUAAGCUUCAUUCAGAACAACAGAAAUGUCAGAUUAGUGUGUCAAAACACCAAAGGCUGUUACUUACCAUAACUUGCCUGUAGAUGGUGCAAAGUGACACAUGUAUAUCUGUGGUACUGCUGGUCCUGUAGCUCUGCAGUUGAACACCAUUGAUUUGGUUUGGUCUCAGGGGACUUCCACCAGUGACAGCGUCCUUGUUUUGGUGGUCCAUUAAUGUGGCAUGUAGUCCAACCCUCCAUAAGUCCAAACAAGGUGGUGACCCUGCCAAAAAAAGACGUACAUAUUAUUAUGAGGUCUGUUUCUUUCGCAGUAAAACUGGAGACUAGUGAACAGGGAAUCUUAUGUUUCUUACAAUUACUGUCAUCUAACUUGAAGAAUACAUUUGUUUACAGCGUCACUGGAUAUUCAGUAUAAUGAUAUAAUUAUUAAAGGGACAGUUCACCCCCAAAUCAAAACUACAGUUGUUUCCUCUUACCUGUAGCCCUAUUUAUCAGUCUGGAUUGUUUUGGUGUGAGUUGCCAAGUGCUGGAGAUAUUUGCCGUAGAGAUGUCUGCCUUCUCUUGGAUAUAACAGAAGGAAAAAAAAAAAUACAUUUGAAUAACUCUU